AUGAAAUAAAAACUUUCUAGAGCCUAAUUGAUUGCUCACUAUCGAUAGAAACCUCUUGAGUAAAUGCCUGAAUCCUUCAAAGCAUUAUGCCAAUAUUACCCACAGGCUUUUAAGGCUCUGAGCCAGAAUCCAUAUUAGGCUCGACCCAUACGUGGUUUCAAUCAAGAAAUACUGGUGUACUCGAGUAAUUGUGCUACUCCUCUCAAAACAGCUGGUGUCUAUUAAAGCGGAGGGGGAGAUCUAUUUCGUUUCGAUGAAUAAUAAAUCCUCACUCCUUAACCAAAAUAAUCGAAUACUUUUGAUUGGAGCUAGUAGCAAUUGUAAAGCAUCAAAAAGGAAAUAGUAUUCAGCAGAAGUACUCCUGGACAAGCUAAUCAUUUACUCUCAAAAAUAUGGUAUUAUGUGGAUGAUUACUUAAAGGUUUAGGGUCCUUUCAGCUCGAUCUAAAUGGACAAUUGGUAUCUAAAAGGUUAUUUUGAUGACAUUUUGAGAAUAGGGUUUAAGCCUGAAAACUCUGAAGGCUUCCUUAGAAUUUAUUAAUUGAAAACCUAAAAAUAAUCCAAAAAGAUUCUAAAGCUUCUAAGAAGAGGAUCUUGUCCGCCUUCUUUAACUGCCUCACAAGAAACAACCAUCUAAUUAAAACCGACAGCCUAAUAAUAAUAGCAAUAAUAAUAGCAAUAAUAAAAAUAAGAUUUACAAUAAUAGAUUGAAAUGCAAAAUACAGACAAUGCUCCUACUAUAAGAGUACCUACUUUAAGAAAAAAAAAGUGA